AUGGCCGGGAGCAGCUCCAUCGAGGCGGUCAAGAAGAAGAUCCAGACGCUGCAGCAAGUGGCCGACGAGGCCGAGGAGCGCGCCGAGCACCUCCAGCGGGAAGUGGACGCCGAGCGCCAGGCCCGCGAGCGGGUGAGAGAGCGGCGGCGGCGGCGGCGGCCGGGAGGGUCUGCUUCGCCCCCCGGAAGGGCUCGGCCGGAGCGCCGACGGCCUCGCCAGCCCCGGGGCGACCUUUUCUCUGAAGGCUUGUGGGGGGCUGGCGGGGCACCCGGCGCUGGGCUCUCCCCGGGGCGACCCAAGGAAGCGGCGCCUCGGAAGGGCGGGGUUCCCGAGCAUGUGCAGAGGGCCGGUUCCACCCAGGCGGGGCUUCCCGUCGGGGGACUCGCCAGGCAUCCGCCCGCAUCCUGCCUGCCUCGUUCUCUCGCGCUCCGCCCAGCGCAGAGCCGCCCGGCCCACCUGGAUCCGGGGAGGCGCCGCUUCCUCCGCGCUCCUUUCCCGGCCGAAGGCGGCAGGGGCGUGGCCUCGUCGCCCGCGGGCCACAUGGGUACCCUCGGGAGAGGGGUCCUUCUGGAGGGUGCUGGGGGUCCCAGAGGACGGGGUCUCCGCCAAGGGCUCUGCUCUCUAGCGAAGCAGCAUGUUGGAGGCGCGCGAAGCUCUUCUCGCUCCCCUUCCAGCCGCUCCUGGCAGGGGACGCCCUUGUGCCCGUUUCCCAGAUGGGGGAGCGGAGGGUGCGAGGCUGGCACGCUGCCCAGGGACCUCUUUGCAGCGCCUCCUCCUCCUGGGGUUCCUGCCCCUGAAUCCUCACUCUGGUACUCGCGCCCCUUCCCAGGAGCAUCUCUCUAGUAGUGCAAAGAGGGCAAGGUGGGAUCCUGGUGCCAUUUCAGCUGUGCGUGAGAAGGAGGUUCCUGCUGCACCAGGUGCGGACCUACCUGAGAGAAGAGGGUGCGCUGCGCAUUGCAGGGAGAGGUCUGGCUGUGCAAGAGCUGGGGGUGGGGAGCUGCUAGGCAGCCAGGAUGGGUUGGGGGACAGGAUUUGGGUCAGCUUGACACCCCCCUUUGGCCAGGGCCUGCUACUGCCUGUGACAUCAUUCUGUGGGGGGCCCGGACGGUUGGGGUGUGGGACAUGCCUGGCCUGGCGGGGAGGGGGGGCUUGAAAGUGGUCUUGCCUCCAAGAGGAAGACAAUAACGAGGGAGCAGUACUGAGGCGGUGUGUGUCUGUCCCUCUAUUCCUGACCCCUCCUCUUUGCAGGCUCCUGGAACUGAAGCAGCCCGGUAAAUAAUUGACAGGAGGCUGGCAGGAGUCCUGCGGGUGGCUUCCUGGCCAGCCCCAGCUGGUGCCCCCCUCCAGUCCCUUGGCUGUUCCCUGAGCCCAGGUGGAAUCAGAUUAUCUACUGCACCGUACACCUGGGGGAAGGGCACAAAUAUGAGGAGGGGACCGUCUGGUUUUUUGCAGAGCUGUGAGAGCGUUUCUGCAGUGCAGGGAAUGAGCAGGCGCCUCCUUCCCUGUGGCUGGGACUCCCAAGCCAGAGAGGUUCUUCUGGAGGGCUUCCUUCCCUCCUGUUUCUGGCCCUCUGGGUGGGUGAGAGGGCCUUCCUUGUGCACCCCUCCCCCAAGGAUCUUGUAAUCCCACCCGUGGGCUUGUAUUCCCACCUGUGAGUAAUCCCACCCGUGGGCUGUCCCCAAGGCAAAGCUGGUUGUGUGGUGGAAAGAGAAGUGGGCUGGUAGUUGGGGUGGGGGACUUAGCCCCAGGGCCAGGCUCCCCCCCCCCCGUGUCUCCAUUGGGCGAGGCGUGGAGUGGGAAGGCUGCCUGGCUUAGUUGGGCUGCAAAGGCCCAACAGCCUUGACCCCACAAACAGCUUUGGGUCCCCAUAGGAAGCUCCCCUGGCUCGCCUGGUUUGGGGGUGUCUGCACUGAGCAACAGCAGCUGGCCAGAGUUUCAGGCUGGAAUCCUGGUCAGCUAUCAGAGACGGGGCCCUUAGCUCUACCAACAGCCAAACAAUUUGUUCUAAUUUAAAUUCUGUUUAGUUUAUGAAAUUUAUAUACGACUUGAUUGUAACAAAACAUCUAACUGGUUUGUAAGACAUAUUGUUGUCGUUUGUCGUGUCCGCCUCUUUGUGACCCCCUGGACCAGAGCAUGCCAGGCCCUCCUGUCUUCCACUGCCUCCUGCAGUUUGGUCAAACUCAUGUUGGUAGCUUUGAGAACACUGUCCAACCAUAAGACAUAUUAAGACUAUCAAUAAAAACCAGCAAUUAAACAUUGAAAAAUGGUUAGAAUCAGCAGUGAAUGAAUAGGACUAGGCUAGCAAAAAUAUUUUAAGAAGGCAUCAAAAAUAAUACGGGGAAGGUGCGUGCCGGAUGUCAAUAGGCAGGGAGUUCCAGAGUGCUGGGGCACUUUAUGGGGCACCUGUAAAAGGGCCAGUUCUGCAGGUCGAAGCAGCCAACAAGUUGUUCAGGAAAGUGCAGGUCUUGCCUUACGGCUGUUCUGGUACUCAGAAGCCUCCUGCUGCUUCUUGUGUGCAGCCUCCUGUCUUAAGAGCCCUGUGGUUAGUGCCAGGGCCGGCCCUCCCUUGAGGCAAGGUGAGGUGACCAUCUCAGGCAGCAGAUCGUUCUCCCCCUCCCCUUGUUUCUAAUGUAGAUCUUCAUGCCACCUCCUUCCCUACACCACAAUGUUUUGAGCUGGUCCUGGUUAGUGCAGAAGGUCCUGGCUUGAAUUCCCAGCAGCAUCUCCAGGUAGGGCUAAAAAUGUCCCCUGCCUGAAACCCUGGAGAGCUGCUGCCAGUCAGUGUAGACAAUACAGAGGCAGAUGGGCCAGUGGCCAUAGAAGGCAGCUUCCUAUGCUCCUUUCAAUCUGGCCGUUCCUGGCUCCAUUCGUUGCCUAAUUCCUUUGUGGCUGCUGGUGUGUCUUGUGGCAGUGAGUUCUGCAGCUAACUGUGCACUGCUGUGUGGACUCUGGGUGGCAGGUGGAGGGGCAAGCCUGUCUCUGCUGGAACCUUUAGUCUGGCCCAUAAAGACAGUCAUUGCAGAUUCAGGAUGGCUGACCCUGCUAGCUCAGACUAGAGCCUCCCUAUCCAGAGGCAGUAUACCUUGCCCUACCAGUACAAGAAUGGAAUCACAGAACUGGAGAGUUGAAAGGGACCACAAGGGUCAUCUAGUCCAACCACCUGAUGCAGAGCUGCAUUAGCCAGGCAUUUUUAUAUUGCCAUGGGGAGGGGGGGGCGUGGAGACUUCCUUUUCUGAUCUCAGGAGUCCUCCUCCAGGUGAGCAUCCCAGAAGCUGGGCUUCCCCCUCCUCCUUGGUCCUGUGCCCCCCAAAGCCCUUCCGGCCUCCUCUGCUGCCGGCUGCCUCUUUGCCUCUUCCUUCCCUGGGCCCAGCUCCCCAAGGGUCUUGGGGGAAGGCUGCUUCCUGGCCCUCUGCCGCUCUGUGGUGGCUGCACAGCCCUGGGCCUGAACCAGCAGCAGAAAGCACCUCCCUUGGCUGGAAUGUGGGGGGAGGGAGGGGCUGAGGGAGUGGGGGGGAGGUGGGAGGUGGGGGAGGAGCCCUGCCUCUGCUGGCUCCUCCCUUCCCUUCAGCCAGAGCAUGGAUGGGGAGUGAGGGGGAAUCCCACCCCCAUGCUUUGCAGCUGCAAUAAACAGGAAAUCCACCCCCCACCCCCUGAGCAGCUCCCGUCCAUCUCCUUUUUGGGAGCGAAUCUGCUCUGGAGGCAUUCCUGCCGCUUUAGUCACUCCAGCGCAGGCAGGCAAAGCACCCAUCCUGCUCCUGCUCCUCCCCCCUCUGCUGGGCUGCCUCCCUUUCCCACCCCACAUGCUGCUCCUGCUGCUGCUGCCCUGGACCCCCAGCUGGGCUGCUGCGGCCCAACAGCCAUCCUGUCUGGGUGGGGCAGCUUCCCAGGAGCUGCCUGUGCUGCUCUUUGCCCUGUGCUGGGCUGCACAGAGGUGGCACCAGCCUCUGGGCCAAAGGCUUUCACCACACAAAAGUUGGGCUGUGACAUCACCUUGCAGGUGGCCUGGCACUCCUCUUGUGUAGGCUGGGGACCUGGGCGGGGUGUGUGUCUCAGGAGCGUCACCUAGGAAGAGCCCGCUGAAUCAGGCCAAGGCCCCAUGCAGCACCCUCUUCUCACAGAGGCCAAAUAGCUGCCCAUUAUGGGAAGCUCUCCAGCAGGAUUUGGGGGCAAGAGCCCUCUCCCCUCCAGUGGGGUCCAGCAACGGGGAUUCAGGGAAAUUGCUGCCCCUGACCGUGCAGGCAGAGCAGAGCCAUCCUGGCUAGGAGACACUGAGAGCGGCUUCCUCCUCCUCCAUGGAUUGGUCUAAUUCUCUCUUCAAACCAUCCAAGUUGGGGUGGGGAGUUCCACAGUUUGCAGUAGGAGGUCGUUCUUUUUUCGGUGCUGCUGAGAGGGAGAGCGCCCCCCCCCCCGCCCUGCCCACCCCCAGUCGUGCUUCAAAGUGCCUAAUGCAUGAUGAAGUUAUAAGCCUACAAGUCUCGGCCUGCAGAUGUUCAGUCUUAAGUGCAGGAGAUGGAAGGAGGGGGGAGUUGGGGAAGGGAGGGGGGCGCGCUAGGGAGAGGAAGCAGAAGGGAAAGCGCCUGGGCAGCGGGGAGCCUGGGGGAGCUGCUGCAGGCCAGAGCUGGGAAGGAACCUUCCUGGGAAGUGACAGGAGACCUUCUGCAGGCAGAGCAUCCCCUCAAUCCCUUCAUCUAAGUCAUAUAUAGAUGUUGAACAACAACGGGCCCAGGACAGAACCCUGUGACACCCCCCUUGUCACUUUUUCCCAGGAUGACGAAGAUCCAUUAAGGUGUCCUCUUUGGGCUCCAGCCAGCUACAAAUCCACCUAACGGUUACCUCCUUCAACCCACAUUUUACCAGCUUCCUUCCAAGAAUAUCAUGGGGGACUUUGUUGAAAGCCUUACUGAAAUCAAGAUACACUAAGUCUACAGCCUUCCCCUGAUCCACCAAGCUUGUAACUCCAUUAAAAAGAAAAGAAAUGGGAUUCAUCAGGCAUUACUUACUUUUGAGAAACCCAUGCUGGGUCUUGGAAAAGGAUGCUGUAAUUACUAAGUGCUCACAGACCGACUGUUGAAUUAUCUGUUCUCGGAAUUUUCCUGGUCUUGAUGUCAAAUUCACCAGUCAGUAGUUACCUGGUUCUUAUCUUUCACCAUUUUUGAAGAUGGGGACAGCAUUUGCCCAGAUCAAGUCUGCAGGGACCUGCAGGGAAUUCUCAAUGAUCAUAGACAUAGUCUCUGAGAUUACGCCCGCAAGCUCCUUUAGUACCUUGGAUUCAGCUUAUCAGGCCCUGGAGAUUUGAAUUCAUUUAAAGUAGCUAGGUGUUCCCUUACUACCUCAUUUCCUAUCUUGGGCUGCAGCUCCCUUCUUACAUCAUUUAUUCUGUUACCGCCAGGUUGGGCAUCAGUUUCUUUUUGGGUGAAGACAGGCAAAAUAGGUGUUGAGUAGCUCCGCCUUUUCUCUGUCACCCAAUAGCGUUUCUCCAUCUUCUCCACACAGAGGACAUACCACUUGCUUGUUCUUCCUCUUGCUUCAAACAUAGCUGAAUAAAUCUUUUUAUUAUUUUUAACCUCUCUUGUAAGCAUGAGCUCAUUCUGAGCUUUAGCCUGCCUGACCUUCACCCUGCAACUGUUGGCUACUCAUGUAUACUCUUCCUUUGUGAUUUCCCCUUUCUUCCAUUUCGUAUACAUGUCCUUAAAUCUCAGCUCAUCUGUGAGCUCCUUAUGCAGCCACACCAGUUUCCUUAAAUGCCUCCCAGUUUUCUUUCUUGCUGGAAUUGUCUGCAUUUUUGUCUUCAGUGUUUCACUUUUAAGAAACUCCCAUCCAUCUUGGACUCUUUGGGAUCUCACCCAGUAGCUCUUCAAGCUUUUUGAAAUUGGCCUUCUUAAAGUCCAGAGUGCAUGUCUGACUAUAGGCAGCUUUCCCUUGCCUGUGUAUCACGAAACCCAGGGGGACAUGAUCACUUCCUCCCAAGUUUCCAAGUACUUCCACUUCAUUGAUCAGUUCCUCCCUAGUGGUGAGGAACAGGUCCAAGAUAGAUGAUCCCCUUUUUGCUUCUUCCACCUUCUGAGAAAUGAAAUUAUAAUUGAGGCAAUGGAGGAAUUUGUUGGACCUUACAUUUUUGGCAGUCUGAGUUCCAACAGAUAUGGGGAAGUUGAAGUCCCCCAUGUUUAUAUCUUUCAUUUUUGAAUGUUUGGUAAUCUGCUCGAGUAAGGCAUCACCCAAGUUUUCAGUCUGGCUUGGUGGUCUAUAGCAGACCCCCACAGUAAGGUCCCUGUUGUGUUUCUCUCCUACAGUUUUUAUCCAUAUACUCUCAAUCUGCUUUCCAUGCUCCAGGUCAUGGUUUUCUUCAGAAGUGUACACAUUCUUUACAUACAAUGGUCCUCCUCCUCCCUUCCUGUUUAGUCUAUUCCUUUUGAACAGGUUAUACCCUUCAAUUCCUACAUUCUAGUCAUGAGUCUUAUCCCAUCCAGUUUCAGUAAUGCCUACCAGGUCAUAUUGGCUGUCCUGUACAAAAGCUCCAAUUUGUCUUGCUUGUUUCCCGUACUCUGUGCAUUUGUGUAGAGACAACUGAAACCACCAGUCGUUCCUCCAGCUGCUUCCUUCUUGUGAUUUCUUGCCCUUUAGCAGGUUUCUGGAGUACCACCUCAGUUUUCUGUGCAUCACUGAAGCUAUUAUCCCCAGUACCAUGUGUUCUUCUGUUGUCUGUCAUGUUGUCUCCCUCCUGCUCAAGAUCUAGUUUAAAGCUCUCCUGAUCAGGUUCACGAGACUCAUAGCAAAGGCAUUCUUGCCAACCGCUGUGAGGUGCAGCCCAUCUCUUGCCAGAAGUCAUUCCUCAAGGAAGUGACGAUCAUGAUCCAAUAAGCCAAACCCUUCCUGACGACACUACCUGUGUAGCCAGUGGUUUACCACCAGUAUUUUCCUCUCUUCCUAAGCCGUGGCCUUCAACAGGAAGGAGUGAUGAAAAGACCACCUGUGCUCCCAGGUUCUUCAGCUUCCUGCCCAGAGUCUCAUAGUCCCUUGCUAUAUGUUGCAGGCUGUGUGUGGCAGUAUUAUUUGUACCCACAUGAAUCAGAAGGAAGGGGUAGUGGUCAGUGGGCUUUAUAAGACUUGGCAACUUCUCUGUCACAUCAUGAAUCUUUUCAUCUGAAAGACAGCACACCUCCGGGGCCAUCCUGUUUCCACUGCAUAAUUCUGCCUCUGUCCCCCUCAGUAGGGAGUCCUCUAUUACCACCACUCAUCUCUCUCUCUCCUUGGGAGGGGCAGCAAUUGUUCUAUGCACUCUGCCUUCCAAAGCCUCCUUGGAGUGUUCUAAGGUCUCCCACUGCUGCUCUUGAGUCUCACCCUCUUGUCUAUUGGAGCUUAUCUGGAUAUUAUUGGGAUAGAUUACAAAGGCAGGAACCUUAUGGUUUGAGUACUUCCUACUCCUUCCUCUCAACUUGCCUUCUCCGGACAGCAGUUCCCUUUGUCUGCGAUCGUUUCCUUGGAAGGUAGCAAGUGGGUUAUCAGCAUAUUCAUCCACAAUCAGCAGCCUUGGAUCUGGAGGGGUUAGGGCUGGAUCCAGACACAUCAAAGAAGCGUUUCAGUUAAAUGUGUUGUAAACUCAUCCAGGGAAAUCCGGUUGGGAAAGACUUGACUCCACAGCGCCAUCUGGUGUCACAUUGCUAUAUCACAUAUAAAACACAUUUCUUUACCAAUCUAGCUGAGUCCCAGGUCAAGAAUGGAAAACGUUUCCUCCAAACUCAUCUCCUAUCUCUUCCUCCUUUGAAGGGUAGCGGGAAUCGUUCUUUGUUCUGUACCUUUCACAGUCAUCUUGGUGUAUUCUGAGGUCAGCAGUUGCUGUCCCAGCUCUUCUGGCCCAGAAUUGGUGUCUGGGGUGAAAACAUGGAAGCGAUUUUGCACCCCAGUGACCCAGCAUGGCUCCUGAUAGUCCCACUUCUGUGUGCCACAUUCCUCCAGGGGUUCAUCUCUUGCAAUGGCCGAUCUGCCUCCUCUUUAGGGGCAUCCCACCUGUCUUGUUGUUCUAUCACAUCCGCUCAGCUCUGACGAGAAACCUGCAUGUGUUCCUGUCACUCGAAGUGUGCCUAGGCAGGCCUCAAGUUGCUGGACCUUCUCAUCUAGCAAGGCAACCAGUUUGCACUUUUGCACGUUCUCCGAUAGGAAGACUGACAUGGCGCAGGCAUUGCAGGUCAUGGCAGCAGCUCCCUCACCUUCCAUGCCCCUUUAUCCUACGCACACCAUGAGACAGGACUUGGGGCCUCCCCAACGCAGGGUCCUGGCCAGGGACUCUGUGCACAAACUCCCAGAAGUGGCAACCAGCGAAACUGUGACUGUUGCUGGCUGCUAUCUCCUCCCCAACUCACUUCCUCCUUCAGCCUGGCUUCCUCUCAGCAGUAGCGCCUCCCACUCAGUAUCAUGUGCUCAGCAGAGCACUCUGCCGCACCCUCAAGCCGGCAAGCAGCUCAGACAAGCAAGCAGCCUUCAUGCCAAAGACACAAGAUCACUCUCUUCCGCCACCUCCUGCAAUCCUUGCAAACGCCCCGCUCGCAAGCUCCCAGAAGCUGCAAUCAACUAAGUUUAAGAAAGUGGAAACUUUUCCUGAUUCCUGGAAGUGAGGCCAAGAGGAGACCAGUGGGAGUUUCAAAAGGGAAACUGCGCCCCAUGCCUGGGGGGGGGGGAACACACAUGUGCAAGAGCAGGGCGAGGAGAAGUGAGGCAAGGUCAUGGGGGCUGAGUUGAGGGGCAUUGGGCUUGGUGAGCCGGGGGGGGGGGGGAAGCAGAGGAGCUGAGAUUUGGGGAAAGAUGCUGGGGCUCCCCAAAGGGCCAGCAAUGGGGAAGAGGGUGAGGCUCUGGCAUGCCCAAGACUGGGAUGGGAAAGGGGUCUAAGGCUUUGUGUGUGAUCUGUGGAGUCAGGUGGGGGGCUGGUGGCAGCUCAAGGCCCCUUUUGGCUUCUGAGUUGGCUGGGCCUUGACUGGGGUCAAGCAGGGAGAGGGAAGGGGCUGGAGCUCAGGGACAGAGUGUCACCCUCAGGGACAGACCUCUGCCUGGCACCCUUCGAGUCAGGGCUGCCCACCAGUGACUGGCUGGAUCCACCAAGUGGGCACAGCGUCUGAUGUGUCUGGAAUGGCCUUGGCUUUCCUGGGGUCGCGUUUUGUCAUCUGUGGGGUGGGAAGGGCUGUGAGGUGGGAGUGGGCAGCCCUGUGGGGCUGUGGUUGGGUGGCAUGGCGAGGGCAGCGCUUGCCUGGAAGGGGGGCGGCUGGGCUGUGGAGCAGGGCUGUGCCUGUGCUUGACCUCUGCACCCUCUUCUUUCCUUCCUUCCUUCCUUCCCAGGCUGAGUCCGAUGUGGCCUCUCUCAACCGCCGCAUCCAGCUGGUGGAGGAGGAGUUGGACCGAGCCCAAGAGCGCCUGGCCACCGCCCUGCAAAAGCUGGAGGAGACGGAGAAGAUGGCUGACGAGAGCGAGAGGUGGGUGAGGGGCCUGCUUGGGGCCACUUUGGGUGGGCUUGAAAGGCCCCGGGGCAAAGAAGGUCCUCUGAUGAAGAUCUGAAUAUGGGAAUGUGAAAUGAGACAGAGAACAGCCAAAGUGUCGAGUCGGGAGGCACCUCAGAGGUCAUCCAGACCUACCUCCUUCUGAUGCAGGAAGUGCUGUUCUCGACUCAUCCCUUGUCUGGAUAUGAUGAGGAGAGGUUUCAAAGGCAGGAAGGCCUCAAGUGCUUCAUGCUCCUCCUCUCAACUCUCCUGCUGCCAUUCUGGAUCUGCCCAGAGUCCAGUCAGGAGGAGAUCCACUGGGAGACCCUCCCCCAUUGGCAGGGGGGUCUCUGUGUCAGAGUCCACAGGAGAGAGGUUCUGUCAGCUCUGGCCAGAGGGGGAGGGGAGCCAGGCUGCUGAGGGGCUGCAGUCUUUUUGGCCUCUUGGCCCUGGCUUUGGGUUUUCCAAGGCAGGGAGGGCAGCCGGGAGAGAAGCCCAAUCCCGGCUCCAUUUCCAAGGGAGAUGCCUUGUGCCAUGAUGAAGAUCCUUGAGGUGCCUUUGUGUGGCCUGGCCCUCCCUGCGAGGUUGGCCACUGCUCUGGGCAGGGAGGGCUGCCCCCUCAGAGCCUUCAGUGGGGUCACUCAGAGGACCAUUCCCAUGCAGGCUGCCCCUUUGCUUACCUCUGUGUGGGGGGGUGUUGGGCAGGGAGGGGGAGGCGAGAGCCUGUCUUGGAUGAGCUUCUGGGGUAGUUUCUGCCUUGGGUGUGCAAGCUAAGCCAGCAGGGCCAAGAGGAGCCAGGAUGUGGCCUUCCUGGGGCUGCUCUAGAUGACCCUUGGGGUCCCUUUCGACUCUAGGGCUUCUCCUUGGGGCUCCUGGGUAGGGCAGGCUCUCUGGGACUCUGGAGGGGGGCUGGUGUGGGUGGGGCAGUCCUGGGACCUGUGGCUGACAGGGCUUGUGGCUUCUCCCCACCAGAGGCAUGAAGGUCAUUGAGAACAGAGCCAUGAAGGACGAGGAGAAGAUGGAGCUCCAGGAGAUGCAGCUGAAGGAGGCCAAGCACAUUGCAGAGGAUGCCGACCGCAAAUACGAGGAGGUGAGGGGGGCCCAGGGAGGGGAGGGGGCCUGGGGAGGGAAGCAGCUGCCCCCUCCCCCGGACUGCCCUCCUGACGUCCUUCUGCUUGGCUCCUAGGUGGCCCGUAAGCUGGUGAUCCUGGAGGGGGACCUGGAGCGCUCAGAGGAGAGGGCCGAGGUGGCCGAGAGGUGAGUGUGGCCGCAGGCAGAGGGGGAGGGGCUCCCUCGCUGGCCUCCCUUGAGGGAGGGGGCACCAGGGCUGGACAUGUGAGUGCGGAGGCUGAGCUGCGUUGGCACUGGAGCUCCCAGCAUGGUCCUUCUCUCCCCCCACCCCCAUGGGGGUGGGAGUGGGGGAGGAAGGGAACCUACCCUGGCUUUUUUGCAGGCCCAGUGCUGGAGAGGGGGUCCCUGGCCUUUGGGGGGGGGCUUCAUCCUCUGCACCCCCGUCCUUGAGCCACGUGGCCUGAGGCAGAGCACCUGUGGCAGAGGGGCUUCCAAGGCCCAAACAGGGCUAGAAAGGGCAGCCGUCCCUCCCUCUCUCUUGUGAGGAGGGGUCUGCUGAUGCUGCACAGCCCCCUGUGUGGGGUUGGUGUUCCUUUGUAAAGGGGGGGGGUAUUUCAUCCACCCCCUCUUUGUUGUGGAGCUGAUCCCCUUGGCUCCUUCCCAUCAUUUUUUACUCCCUCCCCACCGCAAGAGCCUCUCAUGGUGACGUAAGGAAAACAGUGCAGGCAGGAUUGAACCCCAGGCAGAGUCAGCUCCCUUUUCCCUUCCAAGGUUAACAUACGCUUGACUGCAUUGCGUGGGGUCCUCCUUGCAGGGCACCUGUCCUGCUCUCUGGGGGCUGCCUCCUCCCCGCUGCUAAACCUUGCUUGCCCCCUUGCCCCCCCAGCCGCAUGAGGCAGCUCGAAGAGGAGCUCCGUACCAUGGAUCAGGCCCUCAAAUCCCUGAUGGCUGCAGAGGAAGAGGUACUGAGCAGGGGACCCCCUCCUCCGUCUCUCUCUCUCGUUCUCCGAGCUGUGCGCACUUCCUGCUCCUGCUUCCUCUGGUCAUUGUCCUUCUGAGCACUUCUUCCUCUCCUCUCCCAUCCAGUCUCUCCGCUCUGUGCUCAGAUGCCACCCCCGUGCAGGACCCUCAAGGGGAGGCGUGAGAAGCGGCUGCGUGCCGGACAGAGAGGUGGCUUUGGCCCCACUCUGCGUCCGGCCAUCUUGCAGAGGCUCACCCUGGGCAAGGCUGGCACAGCUGUCUGGCUAGGAAUGGAGGGCAGCUGGCGCCUUCCAGAGGCACGCUGGGGAAGGGGUCUGCCUUGAAGCCCACGGCCUCUCGAGUGCAGCAAAAGCCACCAAGCAAGAGAUUUCAUUUAUAUGUGUUAUAUUUAUGUAUUUUUUUUUGUCGGAUUAUCUUGCUCAAGGCAACCUAAAGUGACUUAGAACCAAGCAAACAAAACCCCACAUAGAUACACACAUCCUAUGCCCUUUUAAAAUGUGGCUCUUUUUGGGUGGGGGGUGUUAUUGGGUUGAUGUUUUUAUUUUGAUUAUAUAUACAGUGGACACUGUGGGUUGCGAAUGUGAUCCGUGCGCGAUGCACGUUCGCCACCCACAGCGUUCGCAACCUGCAGCAGUGCGUCUGCACAUGCGCGGGUUGCGAUUUGGUGCUUCUGCGCAUGCACGACCGCCGAAACCCGGAAGUAACCCAUUUUGGUACUUCCGGGUUUCGGCGCUCCGUAACCUGAAAAAACGCAACCUGAAGCGUCUGUAACCCGAGGCAUGACUGUUUUGUGGUUUUUAUGUUGAUCUUUUCUGUGAACCACCCUGAGGCCUCUGGGUAUAGGGUGGCGUAUAAAUUCAAUAAAUAACAACAAUAAACAAUUAAAACCAGGAUGGAGGGAAUAAAUACAGUGGUACCUCUAGAUAUGAAUGGGAUCCGUUCUGGAGCCCCGUUCGCAUCUAGAAACAAACAUAACUAGCGAUGGCAUGUCUGCGCACGGGCGCGUUGCUUUUCGCCACUUCUGCGCAUGUGCGUGACGUCAUUUUGAGCGUCUGCACAUGCGCAAGUGGCGAAACCCAGAAGUAACGCGCUCUGUUACUUCCGGGUUGCCACGGAGUGCCACUCGAAGGCGCUCAACCCGAAUCGCAUUCAACCCGAGGUAUGACUGUACAGAAAAACAAGCCCCCAAGUUCUGAAAGGACACAGAUAGUUAGAAGCCAAAGGCCUGGUUAUACAGGAAAAUGUCCACCCGGCAUCUAAAGAGAUAGAACGAUGGCACCAGGCAAGCCUCCCUGGGGAGAGCACCCCACAAGUGGGGAAUGGGCAGUGAUGGGGCAGGAAUAAGGCUGCCAGCCUGGAAUGGUGACGUGGUUUGCAGGCAGCCCAGAAGGAGCCGGGGAUCUCCCAGCCACCUUCCCCAAAGGGGCGUCUUAACCAGGGCAAAGAGCCUGAGUCGCAAGGGGUCCGAGGGAGGUUCCUGGCCUUGCAGAGACAGAGCUGGCCCUCGCCUGACACACAUCUACCCGUCAAUGCUGCAAUGCGGGUUGUGGCCUGCGCCUGCCCCCAAGCCAGCUCAGCCCAGGGAAGUGUGCUGUGCCAAGAGGGAGGCCUCAGGAUGCCUGCCGGACACAUGGGCCUUGCUUUGCUGGUGGAGUCCCACGGCUUGUGUCUCUCCCCACACGGAGAAGGGGGAUUCUCAGGGCCUUGGUGAUGCCUCUUGGGGCACCAGAGGAACCUCCUCCUGCUGCUUUCUCUCUUCUGCUGCUGCUGCUUCUUCCUCUUCAGAUUCUUCUCUGCUGUCUCAACUGGUUCUCCCUCUCUCCUUCUCUCCCUUUUCUUCCUCCUGUCCUGCGCCUGCCUCUGUCUUUCUGGACAUGACACAGUAAAUGUGGGGAUCUUGAGGAAGAGCUGAAAAUUGUCACCAACAACCUCAAGUCCCUGGAGGCCCAGGCAGACAAGGUAGGAGGGGCGGGGUGGGGUAUGGAGCUUCCUGGUGGGAUGAGGGUGGGUGGGCUUCCUUCAGGGAGGGACCUGCUUGGAGUGGGACAGGGGCUGCCCUCCCCCUCCUCCCUCACACUUGCUCUCCCCAUCUCCAGUAUUCCACCAAGGAGGACAAAUACGAGGAAGAAAUCAAGCUGCUGACGGACAAACUCAAGGAGGUGAGCAGCGCCUGGGACGGGUCUCCCCUCUCCCCUUUCCCUCCAAAGCUGAAGCUGAGGGGCAGAAAGUUCAGUCCCAGUAGGGCUGGGGAAAAGAUCCUGAGUCAGAAACCCUGAAUCUUCAACGUUCAGCGUCAUGGGAUGUCCAUGAGAUCUUGAGUUAGGAGAGAGAGGAGGAAACUUCUCUCUUUCCACUUUCUCCAUGCAAGCCAGAUGGACCAGGCUCUGCUGCGUUUGGAGAGGCAUUUCGAAGCAAAACAAGUGCAGAGUCCGGGGGUGGUCAGGGCCAGACCCCCUCGCGGGCAGGGGGAGUGAGGAACCCUUUCAGCCUGCAGCAGGCUGAGCAGAAAUCCCUCCUGCACCCCCCUCCCCAGCUGCCCAGGCAGCUUUACAAUUCUGUGCACACAUCUUUGGAAGCCAGAGCUGCCACUUAACUGAGGGGACCAUGAAGUUUCUUUAUUUGUGCAAGGCUUUGUACAAAGAACCCCCAAAGGAGGGAACUGCUUCUUAACAUACUGUAAAAAAAUUGAAGAAGACAGAAUAAAAUGACCAUAAAUGAACAAUAGAUCAGUCAUCAGUAAAGGGGAUGUAAGACAACAAGAUCGGGGUGAGAAUAAAAUAUGUUCCCCAAACUGAAGGACUGAGGAAUAUUCUCACCAUCUCCUCAUGAUGUGGGGGGGGGGGGCAGAAGAGGGAGCCUUUGUGUUCUGCACUGGAGGGUCUUGCAAGGCUUGGAGAAUGGGGAGCAGCUGCGGAGCCGCUCCUGCCUUCUAGGGGGUGGAGGUUGCAGCUCUGGACCCAACAGCAACCUGGGAGGAUGCCCCCCCUUGAGUCUCCCACCCAAUGGGCUCUUCAUCUCUUUCCUCCCUCUCUGCCCCCCCCCCCCAGGCUGAGACCCGAGCAGAGUUUGCUGAGAGGUCUGUUGCAAAGUUGGAGAAAACCAUUGACGACUUGGAAGGUAAGAAGGUGCUCCCCCCGCCUGCCCCCUCCAUUGGGCUGGGAAGUGGUGGGGCUGGGACCCAGAGCAGGGGUGGGCUCUGAGAGGGUUGGGUCCUUGUGAAGGGGGUGAGGGUGUCCUCCUCUUUUCCUCCUCCACCUCCACCUCCUUGUCUCUGUCCCAGCCACCCGCCUUCCUCUUCCUCUCUCUUCCCUCCCUCUCACGUUCACUCUUUUCUUUCCACCCCCCUGCACUGCUCUGCUCUGCCUCACUGCCUCCACCUUCUCCACCUUCCAUGCACACCUGCAGACGAGGUCUAUGCCCAGAAGAUGAAGUUCAAAGCCAUCAGUGAGGAGCUGGACAAUGCCCUGAACGACAUCACCUCCCUCUGAGCUCCGUCUCUGUCUGCUCCCGCCCUCCCCCUUGCUUGCCCAGGAUACCCCCCCAAGUGCUCCCCUGUGUGUGCUGGGGGGCGGGUUAGGAGGGGAGGCCAAGUUACCUCAGGUGGGGAUAGGGGGUGGGGAGCUCUGUGCCAGCGCCAGAAGUGCCUUUCCUGGCAGAGGAGGCGGCGUUUGGGGGCUCUGCCAGCCACGCAGCUUAGGCUAGGGCUGGGGGGUAAGGGGAUCUGGUGGGUGGGAGCGAGACCCCACUGUGGAAAGCAGCCUUGCACCCCCCUGGCAGGUCCCUCUGAGGCCCUGCUGGGCCCCUCUUGGCUCUGCCUGUCUGUCCGUCCCACUGUCUGUCCUCCAUGCUGCAUUUCAUGACUCUGUUCUCCUCUCCAGUCUCCGGUUCAAUAAACAGUUUCAGCAAACGCCUCUUUUUCUCUCAUUCUCUUGCCUCCAUUUCUGUCUCCUGCUCUGUGGGGCUCUGGACUCAUCUGUUGCCCAACAUGCCUGGUUAGUUCAUCUGCUGUCUCAACCUCUCCCUCCCUCCUUGAACCCUGGCAUCUGAGUGGGCAAGGGCUGCCCCUGCAAGGGGGGGGCGUCAAAGGGCUUCCCCCCUCCCUGUGAGCCCCAUGGAGGCCGGGGGCUUGGAGGGUCCUGCCUCUUUGCCCUUGGCCAGCCUUCUGGGGGCACUGAGGGGUGUGACCCCUUGGGAGCCCCAAGGGAGCCUCUUGCCCCCUGCCUGUCUGCUGCCCUCCAUCCUGCAGCUGGCCUCCUCCCCUGGCUCCAGAUUGGGGAAGAUGGCAGGUGGCAGGAGAUAACUGGGUGUCCUUGGUUGGGUUGCCUGGCAGCUGUCCCAGGGAAACGUUUCUGGCUUGGGGGGUCUCAACCAGCUGCUCCCUCCAAGAGGCUAUGGGGACGUGGCAUGGAGGCCUCCCUGGAGCAGCAGCCCUGAUGUCCAGGGCUUCCCUUUUCCUCUGGUGCUGAUGGGCCUCCUGCCCUUCCUCUUCUCUCUCUCUCAUUCUGUCUCUCUUUCUCCUUUCUUGCUGCUGGACAUGGAUCUUUCCCCUCCAGAGCGCUCCCGGCAGGAGGAGGAGAAAAACAGCCUCCUGGCUACUGAGCUGCGUCUGGUCCUCCACGGCCUCCACAACUGAGCCCCCCAGCUGCCCCCGCCCUUGCCUGCUUCAUGGGGGAGGGCAGCCCCUCCCCUGCCCCUCCCUUCUCCCCCGUGAGAAGCCUUUUGUGGAGCAAGAGGAUUGGGGAAGGGGGUCUCCUCUCUUGCACGCCUUCCUGGAGGAUGGGCCUCCCAGAAGAGAGGCGUGGUUCCCAGUCUGAGCUGGAGAAGAGCUCAGCAGACGCUGGGCAGGGUGGGAGCCCCUUUUGACAAGGGGUGGGGUGAAUGGGACAGGAUCCUGGCAAGCAGCGUCUCUCCUCUCUGAUUCUCCAUCUCUCCUGAACUGCUCUUCUUGCUGCUGCUGCCUUGCUCCUCUUCACGGAUCGACACCCUCUUCCAAGGUGUUUGGGGACCGGAGCUGACUGUUCUCCUUAGGAGCAGGUGGUGGUGAAGAGGGCAGGCCUCUGGGCAACCAGGACGGAGGGGCCACCUCAGCUGCCCUCCAGGGAUUGGGGCGGAGGGGGCGGAUCUUGCUAUUGGAUGGAGCCGCUGAACUGACUGGGCCCUCACUCUCUCUGUGUGUGUGUGUGUCUCUUUAUCUCCUGCCUCUUUCUCUCCUGGGCUGGGGGGGGGGUGGGCUUCCUUCUGAUGGUGGUGGGGUGUGCCUGGGUGCCUGCCUGCCUUGUGUUUGCAGAGAGCUUGGCCAGCGCCAAGGAGGAGAACGUCGGCAUCCACCAGGUCCUGGACCAGACACUGCUGGAAUUGAACAACCUCUGA